CCAUAUGCUCAUAGAGAAGUGAGCAAGAAACUUUGAGCAGAGUUUAGAGAGUAUACAGUUACAACAAGUUAACAAAUUUACAGAGUUUUACAGUUCUUAAGACACCAAAAUCCCGAAUUCCUCUCCCUCUGUUUGUCUCUUCCUUCUCUCUCUCUUACAACACGACUUUGAACUCACGGCACACUGUCCUUAUCGUAUAACAAAUAAUUAACGCCAUUCUCUCUUCUUCUUCAAGAAGAGUUUAGCAAGUUCUCAACUUCCUUUUAAUGGCCGGAAACGACUGGAUUAACAGUUAUCUUGAAGCAAUUCUUGAUGUGGGUCCAGGCCUGGACGACGUUAAAUCGUCUCUGCUUUUACGAGAGAGAGGCAGGUUCAGUCCUACCCGAUACUUUGUUGAAGAAGUUAUCACUGGCUUCGAUGAGACCGAUCUCCACCGCUCAUGGGUUCGCGCUCAAGCCACCAGGAGUCCCCAGGAGAGAAACACGAGAUUGGAGAACAUGUGUUGGAGGAUUUGGAACUUGGCUCGUCAGAAAAAGCAGCUUGAAGGAGAGGCAGCUCAGAGGACGGCGAAGCGUCGGCUCGAGCGCGAAAGAGGGCGCAGAGAAGCAACGGCUGAUAUGUCUGAGGAUUUAUCAGAGGGAGAGAAAGGGGAUUUGGUGGGAGAUUUAUCAUCUCAUGGUGAUAGCAACAGAGGGAGAUUGCCUAGAAUAAGUUCUGUUGAUGCAAUGGAGACAUUUGUUAAUCAACAGAAGGGGAAAAAACUCUACAUUGUACUGAUAAGCCUUCACGGUCUCAUACGAGGAGAAAAUAUGGAGCUUGGUCGUGAUUCUGAUACUGGUGGUCAGGUUAAGUAUGUUGUGGAACUUGCAAGAGCUUUGGGGUCAAUGCCUGGAGUAUAUCGAGUAGAUUUGCUGACUAGACAGGUAUCGGCACCAGAUGUAGAUUGGAGUUACGGUGAACCCACAGAAAUGCUUACACCGUUAAAUUCAGAAGAUUUCAUGGAUGAGAUGGGGGAGAGUAGUGGUGCUUAUAUUAUUAGAAUUCCAUUUGGUCCAAAAGAUGAAUAUAUUCCUAAAGAACUUUUGUGGCCUCACAUCCCAGAGUUUGUUGAUGGUGCCCUUAACCACAUAAUCCGGAUGUCCAAUGUUCUCGGGGAGCAAGUUGGUGGUGGGAAACCAAUCUGGCCUGUCGCCAUCCAUGGCCAUUAUGCAGAUGCAGGUGACUCUGCUGCUCUUCUGUCUGGUGCACUAAAUGUACCAAUGCUUUUUACUGGCCAUUCACUUGGACGAGAUAAAUUAGAACAGCUUUUAAAGCAAGCCCGGUUGUCAAGGGAUGAAAUAAACACAACAUACAAAAUAAUGCGUCGGAUAGAAGCUGAGGAAUUAGCACUUGAUGCCUCUGAAAUAGUUAUAACUAGCACUAGACAGGAGAUCGAGGAGCAAUGGCGUUUAUAUGAUGGUUUUGAUCCUAUUUUGGAACGUAAACUGCGAGUGAGGAUUAGGCGUAAUGUGAGCUGUUAUGGCAGGUUCAUGCCUCGCAUGGUUAUAAUUCCUCCUGGAAUGGAGUUCCAUCAUAUUGUUCCACAAGAUGGUGAUAUGGAUGGUGAGACAGAAGGAAAUGAAGACCAUCCUACUUCUCCAGAUCCAUCUAUCUGGACUGAGAUAAUGCGCUUCUUUACCAACCCAAGGAAGCCUAUGAUACUUGCACUUGCUAGGCCUGAUCCAAAAAAGAAUAUCAUGACUUUGGUUAAAGCAUUUGGAGAAUGUCGUCCACUGAGAGAGCUUGCUAACCUUACUCUAAUUAUGGGUAACCGAGAAGGAAUUGAUGAAAUGUCAAGCACAAAUGCUUCCGUUCUUCUCUCAGUACUUAAGCUUAUUGACAAAUAUGAUCUCUAUGGACAAGUGGCAUAUCCUAAACAUCACAAACAAUCUGAUGUUCCUGACAUAUAUCGUCUUGCAGCAAAGACAAAGGGUGUUUUCAUUAAUCCAGCUUUCAUCGAGCCAUUUGGGCUUACUUUGAUUGAGGCAGCAGCUCAUGGUUUGCCACUUGUUGCCACAAAGAAUGGAGGUCCUGUUGAUAUACACCGGGUACUUGACAAUGGUCUUCUUGUUGAUCCCCAUAAUCAACAAUCUAUUGCUGAUGCUCUUUUAAAGCUUGUUGCGGAUAAGCAGCUUUGGGCAAAGUGUCGACAGAAUGGAUUGAAGAACAUUCACCUUUUCUCUUGGCCGGAGCAUUGUAAAACUUAUCUAUCUAGGAUAGCCAGUUGCAAACCAAGGCAUCCACAGUGGCAAAGAAAUAAUGAUGAAGGUGAAACAUCAGAGGAAGAGUCACCAAGUGAUUCCUUGAGGGAUAUACAGGAUAUAUCUUUGAACUUGAAGUUUUCAAUGGAUGGAGAAAAGAGUGGGGCUAGCGGAAAUGAUAAUUCCUUAGAAUGUGAAGGACCUGCUGAUAGAAAGACUAAAUUAGAGAAUGCUGUUUUAGCAUGGUCAAAGGGUGUUGUAAAGGACACACGAAAGACUGGGUCCACAGAUAAAGCGGACCUAACUACCGGUUCUGGUAAGUUUCCAGCAUUGAGGAGGCGGAAGCAUAUCUUUGUCAUUUCUCUGGAUCUUGAUAACACUACAGGUAUUGUUGAAGCCACCAGAAAGAUAUUUGAGGCUGUGGAAAAGGAAAGGACCGAAGGCUCUAUUGGGUUUAUAUUGUCAACAUCAAUGACCUUAUCUGAGAUACACUCUUUUCUUGUAUCGGGGGGCUUCAAGCCUAAUGAUUUUGAUGCUUUUAUUUGUAAUAGUGGGAGUGAUCUCUACUAUUCAACUCUUAAUUCGGAGGAUGGUCCUUUUGUGGUUGACUUCUAUUACCAUUCACAUAUUGAAUACCGUUGGGGUGGGGAAGGACUGAGGAAGACUCUGGUUCGUUGGGUGACUUCAGUUAAUGAUAAGAAGGCUGAAAAUGAGGACAAAGUUGUCACAGCAGCCGAACAACUUUCAACCAACUACUGCUAUGCUUUUACCGUGCAAAAGCCUGGAGUGGUUACCCCUGUCAAGGAACUAAGGAAGUUGCUGAGAAUUCAAGCUCUUCGUUGUCAUGUUAUUUUUUGCCAAAAUGGUACUAGGAUAAAUGUUAUUCCAGUUUUGGCAUCACGUUCCCAAGCUCUCAGGUAUCUAUAUGUUCGGUGGGGUGUGGAGUUGUCAAAGAUGGUGGUUUUUGUCGAAGAUUCUGGGGACACCGAUUAUGAAGGACUUCUUGGUGGUGUGCACAAAACUAUAGUAUUGAAGAGAGCUUGUAGCACCGUGAGUAAUCAAGUCCAUGCCAAUCGGAGUUACCCUCUCUCAGAUGUCAUUCCAUUUGACAGCCCCAAUAUUAUUCAGACUACUGAAGAUUGGGCAAGUUCUGACGUCCGCAGUUCUUUGGAGAAACUAGAAGUUCUUAAGUGCUAGAAAAUUUCAUCUUUGAAAUUUGAUUGAAGCUUCUCUUGUUCAUAACUGGGUCUUUUCUUGUUGCUGUUGUUGGUAGCUCCAGAUGAGCAUUUUCUCCGGC